AUGUCAAUUCUAUUAAACGAAGCAAGAACGAGUCGAGCUGAGUAUAACAUACCACUGGGCCAAUCUAUUUUACCCACGGAUUAUUUAAAUAGAUUCACCAUUUCGUCGUCAGUGGCCAAACGAAGGCCAGCUCCGCAAAUAACGGUAGCGAGCGCCCCAACUCAGGUAUUGUCACCAAAGAGAUUACGACCGGCGUCAAAUCCUCUUACAUUGACACCUACAAAUCCAACUGUCGUAUCGACACUACCGCCUGUGAUUUCAUCACAUAUUCUCAAUAAUAACUACUUGUUGGCAUCACAAACAGCAGCAGCCGCAGCAGUUGCAAACUUUCAGCAUCCUCAUCAUCAUCAUCAUCCUUUAGCGCCUUUUCAUCAUUUGAAUCAUCAUCCACAAGCCUCGCCUAUAUUACAGAAUUUGCCAUUACCACUUGCUGCAAAAUCGCCCGCAUUAACUCAAAUUAAAUCAAUUAUAUCAACUUCAACGCCAACGGGAACAAUUCCAACACAAAUUCCCAACUUUAUUGCAUCAGCUCAAUAUCAGCAGCAACAAAUCAAGUCAAUUAAUACAUCAUCGAGCUUUAACCCAUCACAAGCUGCAUUAGCAACACAACAGCAAAAUAAUUCAGCUAUUUUAACAGCUUCAACACAAGGAUUAGAACAGAAUAAUUGUAAUAACAAUAAUAAUACAACAUCCGCAUCAAAUAUAAGUGUUGCCAGCAAUAAUAAUUCAGUAGCGUCAUCUGCGACGACAUCAACAAUAACAAGUUCAGUAACAACACCAAAUACAGCAACCAACAGUAAUAUGGAUCCAGUCGGACAAAUGGGACAAAAUCCCAUGCAAUCUCAUCCAUUGUCACAAUCAAUGGAUUCUGUGAAUACCGCAAGCAAUGAGGAAGAGGUAAGGACACUUUUCGUGAGUGGCCUCCCGAUGGAUGCAAAGCCCCGUGAAUUGUACUUAUUGUUUAGAGCUUAUGAAGGCUAUGAAGGAUCAUUAUUGAAAGUCACAAGCAAAAAUGGAAAGACAGCAUCGCCAGUUGGAUUUGUCACAUUCAAUACAAGAGCUGGUGCUGAGGCAGCUAAACAGGAUUUACAGCAGGGUGUACGAUUUGAUCCCGAUAUGCCCCAAACAAUUCGCUUGGAGUUUGCAAAGAGUAACACUAAAGUCAGUAAACCUAAGCCCACACAAAAUGCAUCAUCAACAGCCGCACAUCCUGCAUUACAGAUGCACCCACUUGCUGCUGGACACUUAGGGGCACCGUUUUUUCCCGGUGGCCAUGAAUUAUGGCAUCAUCCAUUAGCAUAUUCAGCAGCAGCCGCUGAAUUGCCAGGUUCUGCUGCAGCCUUACAACACGCAACGCUAGUUCAUCCGGCUCUGCAUCCUCAGAUGCCGCAGCAGCAACAACAGCAACAAAAUUUAUCAAUUCAGCCCCAUCAUCCAUCACAAACAAUGCAUUUAUCUGGAGCAUCAGCUGGCCUUUCUACCGGUCAUUUUUUAGCCAGCCCAGCAUUAGCAAGUCCUGUUGGUUCAACUGGAACUACCCAGCCUCCUAAUCAACCAAUAUCUGCUAAUGCUCCAUGCUCGACAUUAUUUGUUGCGAAUUUAGGUCAAUUUGUAUCUGAACACGAAUUGAAAGAGAUAUUUGCUAGCUUGCCUGGCUUUAAUCGUCUACGAAUGCAGCAUACACAAUUAAAGUCAAUGUCACAACCACCUACACAACAAAUAUCUAAUCCAGCGACAAUUCAACAAUUAGCACAUUCUGGCUGUGGACAACAGGGAACGAUAACAACGAACUACAACAAUAACAAUAGUCAACAUAUACCAGUUGCAUUUGUUGAAUUUCGCGAUACUCAAAGUGCUGGUCAAGCGAUGCAACUAUUACAAGGCAAAUACUUAUUGUCAUCUGAUCGUGGAGCAAUGCGCAUUGAGUAUGCCAAGUCAAAGAUGGCUGCAAAUGAGCAUAUGAUUGCAGCAUUUCAAGCAUCAAUGACACCGACAGUUAUGUACAAUGGACAUCGAGUACAUUAUAAAAUUUAA